UUCAUGCUACCGGUUUAGGAAGUUAGCUGUCGUAAUGUAAAUGUUAUGUUCGAAAAAGUAAACUACUUAUAACAAUAUAUGGCGUUAGUUAAACAUAAAUGGUAUCGUUUUAUCUUAUGUACAACAGUUAUCGCAUCUUUUGUCGUUUGCUACCUCAAACUACACUCACUGUCAAACUCCAAAGGACCAAUGAGCGAACAUACACUGGAAUAUUUCCUCGACAAGGGGACGAUACAAAGAAAAGAUGCUGCUGAUAUCGAGUGGUAUCAUGCAGCAAACAGUAAGAGCAAACUCACAGAGGCUCUACAAGAUUCUGCGCAGAUGAUUGAAGCAGAUGUACUUCUAAACGGUCAAGAUCCAAAAGUGCCUAUUAUGGCUCACCCACCUGACAAUGACAGUGAUAUAACUCUGCAGGACUUUCUUAAAGAAGUUGUGAAAUCAGACAAAGGAAUAAAAUUGGAUUUCAAAAGUCUCGCAGCUGUAUCCCCAUCCAUGACUCUACUGGAAGAGGUCCGAGAUCAGCUGCAGGGACCCGUGUGGAUCAAUGCUGAUAUUCUCCCUGGCCCUAGAGGCACAGCCACCCCUCUGGACCCUCAUGUGUUUCUACAGGAAGUAGCGCAAAAAUCUGAAAAUGAUGUUCUCUCUUUGGGUUGGACCACUGGGUGGGACGUAGAUGCAGACAAUCCCGGUUAUAGCUGGGAGAUGGUUCAUCAGAUGGAAGAAUUAUGCAGAUCCCUAAAGCAACCAGUCACAUUUCCAGUCCGAGCAGCUCUCCUUCCUGUGUCCUUCCCACAGUUCCAGUGGCUCUUGAAGCAGUCAGACCGAUACAGCCUGACUGUAUGGACAGGCAAACAUGAUGUUCUUACAGUGGAGGAUCUGUUGCUCUACAGGCAAAACUUCAGCAAAACCAGGAUCUACUAUGACCUGUUAGAAUCUCAGAUCAAACAGUUUAAAGGACUACCUGUCUACACCUAAAAAGCAAAUACACUUACUGAUGUUGUCUUUGAGAUGUAAAACAGCAAUAAAACACUAUAUAUGUAAUGUAACAAAACAGUGUGAACACACUAAUCACACUAUUUAUACUAAAAAAACGGUUUGGAAUAGUGCAUAAAUACGUGAACUGGGAUUCACCUAUCAACAUGUACACUGUAUUUGAGUCAGACAAUAAGGUUUAAACACGCAUUUCAUUGGUUGUCAUGCUUAUUUACCCACUAAUGUACAAAGAGACACAAAUACAACUCUCAGAGAAAUUUUAUAUUUUUGUAAUUUACGUUUGCAUUUUGUAACAUUUUGUAUAUUUGAAUUUUGUCAUCACAAAUGCAUAAUAAAUUUAUGGAAAAAGUGUUUAUGCCUCUAACAUUCACAUCAGUUCGAAAUUUUGGGGUCGGUAAGAUUUGUGAUGUUUUUGUAAGAAGUAUGCAAUUUGCACAGUUGCUUUUUGUUGUAUAUUACUAUUCCCAGAAGAAAAUUCAAUAAACAGUUGUUAAAAAAAAAAAA